AGGAAGGGCCCUGCAGCCAGGCGCUACCUAUGGCCCCGUCACGUGGGCAAGGCCCACCGUUGCUGUCCGUCAGCAGCCCUUACGCCAGGCCGCAGCAGCUCAGGGUGCGAGCGGCCUCAGGCCUCCCGCCGGGCGGCACGACACUGUAUUUCCCUCCCCCUCCCAAGCCUCCACAGCCAUCCAAAGAGGAAGCGAAAGGUAGCCUCGCCCACACUGGAGGCCAACCCUGGGGGGACAGCCCCGCGCCCUACCCCUCCCCGUACCCAAGCACUCCCCGACCCUGGGCCUCAUCGGCCUCCGUCCGUCCCUGUCUCUCCCUCUCCAGGUGAACGCGUAUCACUCCGCCAGGGCCGCUCCCAGCUCCUAUCUCGUAGCUCUACAGUCCCCGGAUGGAAACUGUUAUGGCCGCCGACAGCGACUGGCCGGACCAUGGAGCGAGGCGAGACCCUUUUUUUUUGGUAUUCCUCCUGACUGUGGCCUUUUUUGAGUCUUACCUCUUCUUUGUGUGUGUAAAAAUGUUGAAAAGACUGCUGAAGAAUUGAAGUGGAGUCUUUUCUUACAGUGAAAAUAAAACGGAGGAGUUCUAGAACCUUGAGAACAACUCAGCUCAGUAUUCUUGCCCCAGGAAAGCAGACUAAUCUCAAGAAUUCACACCUAAAAUCAUGCCAUCUGAAAAUGAGCACUUUUUUUGUGAUAAAAAGUGCAGUGCUGCAGAAAAUUUUUCUACAGAUACUACUUUGGAAAAAGCACUGGUGAAUGAUACUCUAGGUAUGGUGACUCAACCGACAAUUUUAGAUGUCGAUCUCUCUUAUGAACUAAAAGAUGCGAAAAUUGAUUUACCCAGGGUGAACAUUCCAAAUGAAGUACUGAUGAAACACGAAGUUGAUAGAUUUAGAAAACUCUUCCAGUGUAAAGAGGAAGCUACAGGGAAGUCUUUAAAUUUAGAGAAAAUAAAUGGAAUCAAUCCUAAUUGUUCAGAGGAAAUCCACUUGCAAGAUAAAACAGAAGUGCAGUUUGAAGACGGGUUGAAAACUACAGCAAAGAUACUGAAUUUCUCCUGUACAAAGUGCAAGAAUAACAUUAGAUACAGUCCAAAUGACCUGCAGAAGCAUUUUCAGCUAUUUCACUAUGGCGAGUUGCCUUCCUAUCCUUGUGAGAUGUGUAACUUCUCAGCUAAUGACUUUCAGUCUUUUAAACAGCAUAGACGCACCCAUCGUAGCACUUUAGUUAAAUGCGAGCUCUGUAAUGAUGAGCAUGUGUACACUUUGUUGGAUUUGACAAAACACUUCACGUCAGAGCAUUGUGUAAAUGGUCACUUUAAAUGUGAAAAAUGUGUAUUUUCUACCCAGGAUGUGGGUACGUUUGUUCAGCACAUUCACAGACAUAAUGAGUUUCCAUAUAAAUGUGGAAAAUGCCAUCACGUAAGCUUUACAAAAGAGGAAUUGCAGGAACAUCAUCUUGUUCAUACCAGUACGUUUCCUUUUGGUUGUCAAUAUUGCAAUUACAGAGCACCACGGAAGGAUUAUCUUUUAAAACACAUCAUUGCUUUGCAUAGAGACCACGUGUAUGCAAAAGAAAAACUGGAGAAGGAGAAAUGUGAAAACAGAGCAGUGAAGACUCCAGCAGAACUGAAGCUUGUGUUAAGAAGGUAUAGGAUGGGAGCAUCUAAAAAGGCAUUCUGGAGACGGGAAAAUAUAAGUGAUGGUAGUGACAAAGGUGGAGAAAAUGUGCAAGUACUAAGAAGUGUGAAUGAAAAUCAAACAAAAGCUGAGGAGCUGAAGCAGUGUACGAGUGAUACAAAUGAAGAAAAAGAUCAAGUUACAUAUACGGAAAAGCAUAAUUUUAUGAGUGGAACACUCGCUGCUGCGCAAUACAGUAAUGCAGAUGAUGGAAGAAUUCACAGUUCAGGAUUCUUGAGAAAUGCUGUUCAUGGGCCAUCAAUACUGAUGGUCAGAAACAAUAAAAUAUCUAUUCCAGCUAAUUACAGCGCUAAAUUUAUGGGAUUUAAAAUGGUAGAUGGAAAACAACAUAUUGUUAUAAAAUUAUUACCUACAAGUAAACAAAAUGUACAUUUCUUGAGUCAGAAAGUGGAUCCUGUUAAAGAUGGUUCUACAACUCCUUUGCUACAGACUGCUGAUCCCUGUGGCUUGUCUUCAGGUGCUAUACAACAUGUAACUGGUCAGCCAACCUUAAAGAACAAUUCUGUUCACCAGUUAGUCUCCCCUCAAUUUUCUUGUUCUGCUUUUUGUUCAGGAAAAACAAAAGUGGAAAACCAAAAUAGCUCCUUAUCAUAUGGUAGAAAUGUUUCUCAAACUGUAGCACCUUCAAAUGUAGCUGUAGGAAAAAGUUUGAACUAUUUGCCAAUGGCAUUGAGCUCAACUGUACCUCCAUGUGAUGAGGUGAAGAAAGUUGGAACUCAAAGUAGCAUCUUGUGGGGAAGCUAUAGUCCUCCCUGUCAUCCUCAGGUAUUCCCAUCCACUAUUAAAAAUACACUUCACUAUGAUUCUAUGAAAAUGCCCUUCUUUCCUGAGCAGAACAUACAAAAUGGUGGCCUGAAUAAUACCAAUGGAACUGAUAACCUCUAUUGUUCAACUUCAGUGGAUUCUUCCAAUGAGGGGUUGCUGUCUUUUCACAACUAUUCCAAAAUGGACACUUCGGAUAAUCCGUGUAGCAUUUGGAUGUCAACUGAUGACAGAUGCAAAGAAUUUGUAUCUAGCAAAACAGUUUCUUUUCAAAGCAGUAGGAGAGAUGAAUCUGCAUCUUCCUAUUCAGAGUUGGUGAAAGGCUUAAAACCAGAGAAAAUUUUAUCAGCCCAAUCAAAUAUUUAUAAAACUUACGGACACACAGAAACUAAGAGUAACUCUUUGUCUUCUAAAAGCCAAUCUAAGUAUGUUGACGGCAAGUGUUUUACGGAGGAUCAGUAUAAUGGCCAGCAGUAUUUGGAUGCUAGCAUACACCAGGGCUUUGAGAACACAGCCAAAAAAUUCCAAGAAAAUGCUUCUGAUUGUGUUAACUCGGACUCAAUGCCUAAAAUCACAUCUGUUUUCUCAUUGCAGAGUGAACAGGCAACUAAUUAUUUAUCACCUGAAAUAAACCAGUUUCUGCAAGAUGUCUUAAAAGUGAAAGCCACUAAGCAAGAAUCCCCCAGCAAGUCAAGUAACUGUGUAAAACGUCAUUGUGACAAUCUGCUCUCUUGUCACAAGACAGGGAAUAAAGCCUUUAUGCAUUUAAAAACCUCAGCGACUGCUUGUGGUUUUCAGAGGCUUCCUUCUAAUGUUGGCCUUCAUUUAUGUAAGAGAGAAUUGAACACGAGAUGUAGCACAAAUGAAGGUACAGAUUGUGGGAGAGAAAGGCAGACGUCCAGAAUGUCAUUUGAUUCACAGGGAAUGGAUAAAUUGUCCAAAAGUCCAGAUGUUGGUACAUUGUUAAAACCUCAUACAGAUGAAAUCGUAGCACAGCAGGUAGUAAAAGAUAAAAUACUGUCUACAACCCAGAAUACUGAGGCCUUCUCACCAGUUCUUCAGGAACAAACGAAAACUCUUUUAGUUCAGUCACCUCCAGCAGUUUUCGUUCCUUUGCACCUUGCUAAUCAACCUGGGCUGCAGGUGGUUUCAGGAAGAUCUUUUCCAUCAACCACUUCCUCAGAAGGGCAUGCGACUAAAGGUGUACAUGCAUCUUCUGUUUUAAAUAAGGGACCUGGAAUGAUUUUGACUUUUGGUAGGUCAAUUGGAACAGUUGCAAAUGUCCCUAGUGAUAGUUCUCAGGUUUUAGGGAGAAUUGCAUCCAGAGAAAAUGGUAAAAUAAUCAUACCAGCUCCAAAAGUAGAGGGGAAAAUUGACAGUUUUGAAAGUGUAAGAAGUUCUUUUAAUAGGAGACCAUGUAAUACAGCAAAUAUCUCACUGAAUAGCAUGCCAAUCAAAGGACCUCUUGUAUUUGCAAAUUCAUCAGAGUCAUCUGUGAAAGGACUUUCUUCUGUGAAGGUGUUACCAGAGCAUCAGGAUACUGCCUUUGAUUCGUUGGAGUCAGUAAAGCAACAUGAAAUGAAACAGAAACAGCAUGUUUAUGCACUUUUGCCUGAUGGACAGCAAGCGGUGUUUCUGAAGUGUAUGACACCAAACAAACCUGUAGUUCAUAAAAAUAGUGUUUUUCAGGGUAAUGUUUGUUACCAGAAUUGUCAACCAAAGAAAACUGGAGCCAUGCAACAGAAGCUUUUGCUGAAAAUUAAGACUUCUGUGUCAGAUACCCUGGCUGAUACCACUCGAUCAGUAAGCAACACAGUGCCCUCACUGCAGUUAGGUAACUUGCAGUCCCUUACUCCUGCACUAGCACAGAAACAAACUGAUCUUACUUCUAAUGAUGCCUUAAUCUUAUCAGGUAGGUUAAUGCCAGCAAAUGCCUCUUUGGCAAGCUCCGAUCCAGUGUAUUGUGUUCCUCCUGUAGAACCUGUUUAUUCUACGAAAUCUGCAGGGACACAGUUGCAGAAGGGUUUCAUGGAGAGCACUCAAGUAAUAAGUGCUAACAACAGGAAUAACUUUGGUAGUCAGAAGUCCACAUGGAGCAUGCGAAACAGAACUGCAAAAGUAAAACCUCAUUUAAAACAAAGUGGGUCGAAAAGUUCAGAAGCUGUGGAUGUGCAAAAAACCAAGAAUUUCAAACGGAAAAGUAAGGAUAAAUGCCCAGCACCUCCAAGAAAGAAAGUGAUGCUGCACAGAAAGUGUAAGGAAAAGAAUCAAUCUGAAGUUUUUAGUGAAUCAGGUGUCAUUUACAAACCAAGGGCAUCAAAAGAAACUGUGAGGACUUUGAAAUUACUUCCUUUUAAUUCUAAACAACUUAUAAAAUGCCCUCGGAGAAAUCAACCGGUAGUUGUGCUCAACCAUCCUGAUGCAGACGUUCCAGAAGUUGUAAAUGUGAUGAAAACCAUUGCUAAAUUUAAGGGACACAUUCUUAAGGUUUUGUUGUCAAAAAGAACUAUUAAAGCACUUCUGCAGCCAGCUGUCUGCAAUCCUCUGAGCAUAACUACUAAAGAUCUUUCUCGAAAGAGGCACAGGACAAUAAAACCUAUUAGCCCUGUAAAAGAAAGAUUUGUCUUAAAAUUGACACUUAAAAAAACUAGCAAAAACAAUUACCAGAUUGUGAAAACUACCUCUGAUAAUACAUUGAAAGCUAAGUUUAGCUGCUGGUUUUGUGGUAGAAUAUUUGACAAUCAGGAUAGUUGGGUAGGACAUGGACAGAGGCAUCUAAUGGAGGCUACUCGAGACUGGAAUUCAUUAAUGCAAUGAUGACCAGUGAAGAAAAUAAAUAUCAUACCUGCCAGAUUUUAAAAAAGAGAAUCAAUUGAAUUGGGAUACACAGGUAAUUUUGAUAUGAAUUUCAGUGUUGUAACUGAAGUUUUAAAAUUCUGUGAAAUUUAAAAAUGAUGUGAAUCAAUUGAAUUGAGAUACACAAGUAAUUUUGGUCUGAAUUUCAGUGUUGUAACUGAAGUUUAAAAAUGAUGUGAAGUUUAAAAACGAUGUGAAUCAACUGAACUGGGAGACACAAGUAAUUUUGAUCUGAAUUUCAGUGUUGUAACUGAAGUUUAAAAAUGGUGUGAAGUGCUUGGCUUUUAAAAGGAAUAGCAGAUUCUCUGUUGCCAUCAGGGAGCUUUUUAAGGAACUUUGUAGUUCAGAUAACUUGUAACUAACUGCAAACGCAAUUCCAUAAAAAACAUACAUUAUUUUUUUGUUACUACUAUCAUAUCCUAUAUUUUUAUUCUGUAGAAUGAGUCUUCAAGGUUUUUGUUCUAUAUGUAUUUAAAACAGAAACAUGUAAAUAUUUUUAUACUUUUCAGUUGUUUGAUAUAAUUCUUGCACAGAAAUUAUGCCUCCCUUCUUGCUAUUUUCAUUUCUGUGCAUGCACUACUAAAUCCAAUUCAAAAAAUUUUAACACAGUUGUUAUCCUGGGAUUUUUGUUAUUUUCACUUGUUAGCUCUUGAUAUUGUUUUUCAGGGAUUGAACACUAUUGUUAGCAAGUGCCUAAAAGAUGUGAAGCAGUUUACAUUAUGUCAGCUGUAUAACCAAGUCCAUAUAGGGCCAUUUCCCCAAUAGAUUCAUUUAAACAAAGCCAUAUGUGAAUGCUUUAAACUAUAUUGCUAUGCACAUGACACUUCUAUUUCUGUGCAGUUUGUCUACUUUCUUAGUGAAGUAUUUUUCAUAUAAAUUAAUAAAACAUGUUAUGAUUGUGUUAAUAAGGUGAGCUUGAGAACUGAAUCAGUUGAAAAUAUACAGUAUAUAUAUUCCUAGUGUAUAUGGUGUUUAAGAAUGGUGAACAUUCCUAAUCUGUAUGGACUCUGUCACUAUUAAAUUUGAUAUAAUUUGUGUUUACAGAA